AUGAUUUACAGAUGGACAAGUUUACUUUUUACGUGCCGUGUUAUGAAGACGUUAUCGCCAUUUUUUCGUAUGAUCAUUAUAUAUGUAAUUGGAUUGUUUGGUGGUGGACUAGUUGUCCACCUUUAUCACAUACAACGUGACGAUAAUUUAUAUACAUCAGUUAUCAGUGCUGCUAAAUCACCACAACUGUUGACUAAUGAUGACGCGUAUAAACACUUGAUUCACUCCAAUGAUUCAACUCAUGAACAUGCUUUACAACAUUUGGCUGAAGCAACAUUGGCUAACGCAUUGGCUGAACAAGUACGCGUAUUCUGUUGGAUAGUUACAAUGCCAAAAAAUCAUCAGUCAAAAGCUGUUCACGUUAAAGCAACAUGGGCUGGUCGAUGCAAUAAAUUUUUAUUUAUUAGUAGUGAAAAUGAUGAAAAACUUCCAUCAAUAGCCGCAGUUAACAAGGAAGGCCGUGAUAUGCUAUGGAAUAAAACCGCUGCAGCGAUCAAAUAUAUUGCAAAGCAUUAUGUUAAUGAUUACGAUUACUUUUUGAAAGCAGAUGAUGACUCUUAUGUUAUUGUUGAAAAUCUACGUAAAAUUUUAUACAAACACAAUCCUGAUGAACCCUUCAUUAUGGGUAGACGAUUUAAGCCAUAUGUUAAACAAGGUUAUAUGUCUGGUGGCGGGGGUUAUGUCCUGUCACGUGCUGGUAUUAUCAAUAUAGCUAAUGGUUUACAGAAUACCACAGAUUGUAUAAAUGGUAAAUAUUCAUUUGCUGAAGAUGUCAAACUUGGUCUUUGCGCUGAAGCUACACACGUCAGCGUAGUCGACAGUUUAGAUGCAGAAGGCCGUGAAUGCUUCCAUCCUUUCUCUCCAUCCAGUAUGCUUACAAAAGAUCCCAAAGGUUAUCCUGACUGGUUUUUGAAGUAUAAUUACCACAGAAUAGAUACAGGUUUCGACUGCUGCAGUGAUUAUGCGGUGUCUUUUCAUUAUAUAACACCAGGAGAAAUGUAUCUCUUUGAAUAUAUGCUCUACCAUCUACAUCCAUAUGGUAUACAUCGAGAUUUUAUGGAUUUAAUGAACUACUUACAGAAGAAAAGUAUUUCUUAG